AAGAAUUAAACGGCAUAGUUAUACACGUGCGCCGAUCUAUUGCGCCGUGUCCUGUGGCGUCAUCCCCGAGAAAACCAAUCGUCAAGGAAUACACGUGCGCCGAUCUAUUGCGCCGUGUCCUGUGGCGUCAUCCCCGAGAAAACUAAUCGUCAAGGAAUACAUGUGCGCCGAUCUAUUGCGCCGCAUCCUGUGGCGUCAUCCCGGAGAAAACUCAUCGUCAAGGAAAACACGUGCGCCGUUCUAUUGCGCCGUGUCCCGUGGCGUCACCGCUCUUCGCAGUCCACCAUCACUGAAAAGUGAAGACCAGAGCACAAGCAGUCACCAGUGGCCAACACGUGUCCGCAACCAUAGUGCCGCGUGGCAUCGCUGUUCAGAUUUCACAUUGAUUGAUGGUCAAGGACACGUGGCGUGAAACAGAAAUUGAGCUGCUGUCGGACCAUCCUGACGAUGCCUACGUGGAUCGCUUCAAGUUUGAAGAAAAGUACCACAACGUGGUUGCCGAGGCGCGCAAAGUCAUCGCUGAUGAGCAGGCGCGACAGCAGGCCAAGACUUCAGGUUCUGUAUCAGGCUCCGAGGUGACAGGUGGGACAAAAAAUUUUAUACGUUUGCCUAAAAUUGAUUUACCCCGCUAUGAUGGCAGCUAUCAGUGUUGGCUAGAAUAUAGGGACACCUUUCUUUCAUUGAUACACAACAAUACCAGUAUUGAUAACAUAAAUAAAUUUCAUUAUCUACGCGCAUCACUAAAAGGUCAAGCUGCUGAAGUCAUUAAAAACAUAGAUUUCAGAAGUGACAAUUAUGUAUUAGCUUGGAAUUUAUUAUGUGAGAGGUAUGAUAAUAGUCGCCUGUUAAUAAACAAUCAUGUCAAGGCACUAUUUAAUGCCGAGCCUAUUAUAAAUGAAUCCAGUGCUGCCUUACGCAGCCUGGUUGAUGUCACAAAUAAAAAUAUUAGAGCAUUAACAUUAUUGAAUGAGCCGACAAGAGAUACUUUGAUUAUUUAUCUAAUGACAUUAAAGUUGGACAGUACUACCAGUAGGGACUGGGAAGAGCACCGUACCACUUUAGGCAACUCACCAACAUUGCUUGAAUUUUGUAAAUUUAUGAAUAAUAAGGCAGAUCUAUUAGAAACAUUAGAGGAAAACAAGAAAUUAGAUAAAGUGCAACAUACUAACAGCAUUAAAUCUAAAAGUUUUAUAGUUACCUCGCUGAAACAGCAAACAAAUAAUACUGAGAAAGAUAAAAGUCAAAUUACUUGUCCUUUGUGUUCUCAAAAUCAUUAUCUUUAUUCAUGUGUAGCUUUUAAAAAAUUAACAAUAGAAGAAAGGGUACAGAAAGUGAAAGAAUUCAAAGUGUGCAUGAACUGCUUACGGGUUGGACAUACUGAGAAACGUUGUAGAUUCUCACGUUGCAAAUACUGUAAAGAACGGCAUAACACCUUGCUACAUUUAGAUCAGCCUGCGCUUCAAGUAUAUAACCCUAUGCCUGUUGUAUCCUCUAAUAGUGUUUCGCUUUCAGCUGAUAUACAACCUGCUUCUCAGAAAUAUGUUUUGCUAUCCACAGCGAUGGUGAAGGUGGUGAGUCAUAAUGGCAAAAGGUACAACGCCAGAGUUUUACUUGACAGUGGCAGUACAGCCAACUUCAUCACAGACCAGCUGUGCAAUGUCCUGGGAUUGUCUAGAGUUGAUGCUACUUCAACGGUAACAGGUAUUAAUGGUUUGACUAGUAACAGUACACAAUCUUGCAAUCUUACUAUUGAAUCAACAUACGAACAUUAUUCUUUCAAUAUAAACUGCCUCAUUCUAUCUGAGAUUACUAGUAGAUUACCGGCAUCCUACAUAAAUACUGAAAAUAUACCAAUUCCUUCAGGGUUAGUUUUAGCGGACCCAUCUUAUAAUAUUCCUUCAGAUGUUGAUAUUCUGUUGGGAGCUGAACUAUUUUGGAAUGUUAUUCAGGCCAAUCACAUAAAUUUGCAGAAUCAAACAAUAAUACAACAAUUGAUUCAUAAAUAUUCUGAUUUUAACCAUUUGCUCAGAAAUGUGGCUUACAUUAAAAGGUACAUUCACAAUUUAAAAAAUAAAGAUAAUAAAUUAGUAGGGUUUCUGCAUAAUAAAGAAAUUCAGUCCUCACUAAAAUGCAUCUUACGUAAUGCACAAUCUGAAAUAUUCUCAGAUGAAUAUAUUAUUUUAAAAGCAGGCAAAUCAUUGCCUCACAAAAAUCGUCUUUUAUCCUUGUCACCUUUCAUAGACUCUGACGACAUUAUUCGUGUUGGGGGUAGGUUGGACAAUUCUCCUUAUGAAUAUGACGUGAAGCAUCCUAUACUUCUGUGCAGUAAACAUCAUCUAACCAAGAUAUUAUUCCAAAACGCUCAUAGAAAAUUAUUACAUGCUGGGCCUCAGUUGCUCUUGGCAACAAUUCGUCAAAAUUAUUGGCCUUUAGGAGGUAGAAACUUAUCUAGAAUAACUGUGCAAAGAUGUGUAGUAUGUUUUAGACAUAAGGCUCAAAAUGUUCAACCAAUAAUGGGGCAACUUCCAAAUUCACGGAGUAAUCUAGAAUUUCCAUUCCUAAAUUCAAGUGUCGACUAUGCUGGCCCAAUAUUGAUCGCUGACCGAAAGGGAAGAGGCUGUAAGCUUGUCAAGUCUUACAUAUGUAUUUUUGUCUGCCUGGCUGUUAAGGCUGUUCACCUGGAGCUUGUUACGGACCUCACAAAAGAGGCUUAUAUGGCUGCUUUGAAGCGGUUCAUUGCGCGCCGUGGCAAACCGCGAAGCAUAUUGUCCGAUAAUGGGACUACCUUCGUCGGGGCGAAUAAUCAGUUACGCCUUUUUUUACAGAAUUCUAAUGUAGCAGGGAAUUUGGCCCAAGAAGGUAUCGAAUUCCACUUCGUGCCGGCCUAUACUCCCCAUUUCAACGGCGUUGCUGAAGCCGCUGUGCGCUCCACUAAACAUCAUCUAAAAAGACUGCUCAAGUUAACGCAUUUUACGUAUGAGGAGAUGGCUACAUGCCUAACUCAAAUAGAGGCAAUUCUCAAUUCCCGUCCUCUUACUCCUUGCUCUCCCGAUCCACAUGACCUUUGUGCCCUGACACCUUCCCACUUUUUAAUUGGAAGACCACUCACGCUCGUUCCUCAUCCACAAAUAGGAACUGACAGCGCAAACAUCAGCCGUCUCGAGCGACUUCAAAGAGUGGAAUUUAUUAAGCAACAUUUUUGGCAAAGGUUUAACUGUGAAUAUGUCUCUCUGCUACAGCAGAAGUCUAAAUGGUCUACGUCUUCUGGAGACAUCAAGGUGGGCAGCCUCGUCCUAGUAAAGGACAAGACGUUGCCUCCUCUCUGCUGGAUGCUGGGUCGCGUCGUGCGGACGUACCCGGGCUCCGACGGCGUCGCUAGGGUCGCUGAAUUGAAGAUCAAAGGAGGGACAAUUCGGCGGGCCUUCAAUGUCAUCUGCCCGCUUCCACUUCAUUGAAGCCAGCGCUUCAACCCGGGGAGCAUGUCUGCGCGUGAACGCAGCCGGACGCUCCCGGAAGAGAGGCGGGGCGCGCGGGGGAGGGCGACGCGAGCGGAAGCGGCGCACGGCCACCAUCUUUUUUCUUUUGGGAUCGUUCGCGGACGACGCAACACAAUCUUUCUUACCGUUGUUAAUUCUAAUAUACCAGUUUAAAAUA